CCGAGACCCCGUUCACGGUAGGUGUUGUGCGGCGCGAAGGACUUGCAUUCAACUCGGGUGAAAACAAACCAUGUUGGUAUGGGCUGAGCCAUUAAGUAGUUGAUGAGAGUCACAUGUAAACAGCUGCUGCAGCACCAGGUGUUAUGGUGAAUUGCUUUGCAUAAGAAUCACAAGCUGCAGCCAUGGACAGUUCCAACUACAACCCAGCAGAUUUGGGUGGAUUUCAAAAGCAGCUCUCCGACAUGGUGGUGACGUACCGGCAGCUGCCGCACGACGAGCAGCCGGCCGCCUUCCACAUGCUGCAGGCAUCGCUAGGGCCGCUGCUGACCGUGCCUGCUGAACUGUGUUCGCCGGAGCCGGCCGGCGCCGCCCCGGCCCAGUCGCCCGCCGAGCCCAGCUCCGUGGAGGCGCCGAUGGCCGACAUCGCGUGCGCCGAGCUGCAGCGGGAGACGUUCGUGGCGCGUCUCGGCGAUGCCGAGGGCCAGGAGGCGAGCGAGGCGGACGAGGCCGCCUGCCCGGCCGUGCCCGAGUCGCCGUCGGCGGCAGAGGACGUCCAGCAGCCGGGGGGCACCGCCGCCGAACCGGCCAGCAGCGGACAGGCGGCAGAGCCUGUGGCGGCCGGCGGCAGGCGGCGCUACAUCUGCCCGGUGGCCACGUGCGGCCGAGAGUGCGGCCAUCGGAAGGCCAUGGUGCUGCACGUCAAGUGGGAACACGAGCAGGGCCCUGUCUGCUGCCUGGCCUGCCGUCACGAGUUCGCCACGCACGCCUACUUCCUCUACCACAAGAAGAGCUGUUUCCAGGGUGUGAGCGCCCUGGUGUGCCCCGACUGCGGCGCCCGCUUCACUAUGGAACUGCCGUACCGGCGCCACCUGGCCGGCCACGCGCUCAACGCCUGCCACAACUGUGGCGAGCGUCUCUCCAGCCGCAAGGCGCUCGUCAAACACCUGCGCCACGAGCACAAGAUCCGCGAGUGUGAGAAGUGGUUUGCCUGUGACAAGUGUGACAAGCGGUUCAUGAAAAAGCGCUCCUGGCUCAGCCAUUCCAAGGUACACGCCACUAAGGACGACGUGCAGUGCAGCCACUGCGACCUGACGCUGAGCAAGGCGCGCCUGAUCGACCACGUGCUGAAACAGCACGGCAACGAGCCCUUCAGCUGCGACACCUGCAGCAAACGCUUCCGCCGCAACCAGCAGUACUUGCAGCACAUGCGGCUGCACGAGCAGUACGACUGCUCACUCUGCCGGAAGCCGUUCGUGACGCAGGCCGACUACAUCAGUCACAUGCAGUCGACGCACCAGGUGAUGCCGGAGAUUAUGUCGGACUCGCUUUGUCGGCACCGGUGUGAGGCGUGCGGAGACACGUUCUGGUCGCACGCGCAGCUCACGCAACACCUCAACAAGCACCCCGACGCUUCUCUCGAAUGCUCGCGCUGCCACACCGAGUUCCAGUCGGCCGCGCAGCUGCACCGCCACCUGCGCCGCUCGCUCUGCUCGCGCACACCCGAGCUCAUCUGCCACCAGUGCGGCGCGCAGUUCUGCGCCCACUUUGCGCUGCGUAAGCACUUGGCGCGCGCGCACGGCGAGGGCGGCGCGUCGGACCGGUGCCCGCACUGCGACUAUACCAACAGCAGCGCCACCAACCUUCGGCGCCACGUAGCUGCGCACCAGCAGCUGUCGCGCCGCUACGUGUGCGACCAGUGUGCGGCCGCCUUCCACACGCUCAGCACGCUCAAGGACCACCAGCUGUACGUGCACACGACCGAGAAGCACUUUGUGUGCGCCGAGUGUCAGAAGGCGUUCAAGACGAGCAGCUCGCUGAACCGACAUAUGCGCAUCCACUCGGAGACGCGACCGUACCAGUGCUCGUGCGGCCACGCCUACAAGCGCAUGUCGCAUCUGCGCCGCCACAUGACUGCCGUGCACAACGUGCGCACGCGCACGCGGCUGAUCGCGCGGCUGACGGACGGCGGCGCGGCCGGCUCGUCGGACAGUGGCUCGGACGCGGCGGCAGCGGUGCCGGCCGAGCCGGAGGAGCCAGCGCCGACGGACGGGUCGGCGCCAUAUCUGGCUGGCCUGGUGGGCACCGACCAGCCAGUCACCUACCUGGCCGACGAGUCGACGCUGCUCCGCGUGUACUCGGUGGGCGAGGAGCUGUCCGAGUUCACGUUGCCGCAGGGCGUCUACAGCACAGACAUGGUGUUGCUGCCCGACGGCUCGCGCUCCAUUAUGCUGAAGCCGGCCGGCGAGCUGGGUCAACUGGAGGCGGGCGCCGACGGCGGCGAGGCGGCAGCAGCGCCGACCGCCACGUUGCCGCCCCCUUCCACUAUCCGCUCACACCAGAGGCUGCUCUGAGACGGCCCCAGCCCCGGCGGGCGGCGGACGGGCGUUUCUAGACGUUUAAUCGGCCCCCUACACGGUACGCGCACGCCAGAGGCUGCCCUAAGAUGGCUCCGACCUUGGCGACCAGAGGGUGAGCGUCAUGUUUGCCACGGAAGGGCGGAGGAGGGCUGUUGGAAGGCUCUGUUCCCUGGAUAACAUGGUGGAGGGUAGCCUAUUUAUAUAGGCUUUUUGUUCUUCGAGGAACUAAGCAUAAACAACAGUUUUGCUACUAUGACGUAAAGUGAUGCCCCCUUUUUACAAUGUAUGUUAUGUGCAUUUGCUGAGGUGCGACUGUGAAUACCUGGAUUUCAGUAAUGUGAUAUUUGGUUCCAUACUGUGUCUUGCUUGUGUGUAAUCAGGGAAUGUAUGCACGCGUUGGUUGUGCUGACAAACCUGACAACUAAUUCAAUACAGCUGUG